AUGCCGUGGAACGCCAACAACAACCCAGCGGGCGACAUCCGCGCGCCGGCCAUGGCGGCUGCGCUCCGUCUCAAGCAGCAGCAGCAAGGGGCCACGGACGUAGCCGCCGCCUGGACGCGCUCGCUGCGCGUGGAGGAGCUGGACGGCCUGGAGCUGGCUGGCGACCAGCUGUCAGCGCUGCGUCACUGCGCGCUACUGCACCCGGACGACUUCCCCGCCGCUGCUGCGGGGCCCGACGGAGCGGCCCAGAUCCACCCGCGACUGCACGCGCAGUUCGUGGUGGCUGCGCGUCCGCACGAGGCCGUGGCUCGAGGCUCCAUCGCCCUGUCACAGCUGCAGAUGAUCAACCUGGAGCUCUGCGAGUUCCAGACGGAGAAGUGGACGCUCUUCACGGACAGAGUGCCUAUUGUGAACGCUGUUGCAGUUGAGAUCCGACCACUGAUAGAGCAGGAGGACGAUAGUGAUAGUGACGAAGAGGAGGAAGAGUCGACUGCUGCUGCUGUGCAGCCGCCUCAUGCCCCGAUAGUCACGGAUGCCAAGGAGUUUGCGUCGGCGUUCGCCAAGUUUACGUGGCAGCGGGUGCUGACGGAGCACGAGCGGAUCGUUAUGCCAUACAAGGACAGCCGCAACUAUUUCGUCCGCGUGCUGGAGAUCGACGCGGAGGAUGAGGACGAGACGGAGUUCACGAUGCCCGAUUCCUUCCGUGGUCGCGUGGACGAAGACGUUCAGGUGUUUGUAUCGUCGGAGGGGGGAGCAUCAUCGGUGUUUGAGCUGCGGAAUGCUACAGUGGUUAGCGAUGCCGGUUUGGCGUCGAUGAGAUCCGACGUCGUCACGGUCCUCACAAACGAUGAAGAAGAAUUCCCAGUCAAGAAGAAGCUGUUGUUCCCGUGUAUUAAACUGUCGUCGGCUGUGCUCUCAGGCAGGGGUGUGCACAAGGACGCCUCUACAACCAUCGAGGUUGACGUGGACUGCUGCACGUUCGACCGUGUCUUGCUGUACCUCGAGCACGAAGCGCGCAACGACAGCACCGAGUUCCAGUUUGAUCCUGCAGUCACGGAAGAUCUGCUAGCUGCUGCAGUUACGGUGGGGUGCAUUGGCUUGCAGGAAGUGUGCCAGAGACGCCUUGGAGAGUUCGAGACCCGCGUGCGCAAGGACGCUAUUCGCUGGGAGGAGGUCGUCCGCCGCAAUGAAUCGGGCGAGGUGUGGCUCGUCAUGCAAGGCAUGGUGUUGGAUAUUACACGAUGGAUCCCAGAGCACCCAGGUGGCUCCGAAUUGAUCGCUCAGGAGGCCAUGAAUGUCGAUUCGACCGUCAUGUUUGAGAUCUACCACGCAAGUCGCCAGUCUUUCCGCUACCUCAAGCAGUUUUACAUCGGUGAGCUCUCGGAGUUCGACCUCGCAGCGAUGCCCAAGUCAAGAGAGCAGCCUUCUGAGGCUUUUAUCCAGGAGCUACGGCAGUACACGACGUGGCGCAUCAAGCCGGAGGAGCACACUUUCAAGAGCUUUUAG